AUGCCUGCGACCGCCGUUGAACCUCUAGAACAGGCUGCGACUGCCGCAGCCUCCAACGACGGCCCCAAGUCUGAUAUCGCCUGCCUUAUUUGCCGUUCCCGCAAGGUUCGAUGUGAUAGAUCCCUCCCCGACUGCCGCAACUGCGUCCGCCUUGGCGUCCCGUGCCCUAGAUACGACCGCGAAAAUGAAUUCAUCUCUCGCAAAGAGUUGCAGAAAUCUGCCGACGACAUAUUUCGUGCUGCCGGCGUCGAAAAGCGCAAGGUAGGCUCCUGCGAGGAAUGCCGCGCCUCAAAGCAUCGCUGUACAAAAACUCGCCCCGCCUGUCGUCGUUGUAUUCUGCGCAACCUCAGCUGUACAUACCCCGGCAAACACGAACGUGAGCCCUCCAUCAGCGGCAGUCUAUCUCCUGGCAGACAGGCCCAUGUUACUUCACCGACAAAACAAGAGCCUCGCGAUACAUAUACUCCCGUGGACAUGCAUCCUAUGCGACCCGAGCCCGACCAACGCCAGUUUCAGCCGCUCAACCGCCAGAAUGCCCCCGCCGAAGAGCCAUUGCAAAUGAGCUAUCAGCAGACGCAAUACCAACUACCACAGCUUCGUCAUCACCAGGAGCCUCCAAAUACGCAGGGCCACAUGUACAGCCACAAUGCCAUGCAGAAUGGGCUGAACAGUUACACUCACCAACCCUUGGCCCACGACGGCUAUCAUCAGGCGCCGGUCUCGAAUGUUCCUCAAUAUCAGCAGCCGCUACAGCAAACCCAGCAGCACAUUCAGCCGCUGCUGAAUAUCAAAACAAAGGGCCCUCUACCUGACAUCCUGGCGCAGGAACCAGAAGGCGUUUACUCGGAACGGUUACCCGAAAACCGCAGCUUCCGCGAAAGACUUAUCAAAACAUACUUUAACCGGUCCGCUCCUUUACGCAAUCUAUCCUUUAUCCACAGACCAUCUUUCAUGAAAUCGCUGGACCAAGACAGUGUCGUGCAAGACUACGGAGAGCCUUUGCUAUACGUCAUGUGUGCUCUUGGAGCGCGGCAUUUGUAUUUCGACCAUGUCGCUGAAUGUGGUGAGCCCAUGGUGGUUGACGCAAAUCAAGUACCUGGCGAGAAGUGGGCUGUCAAAGCCAGACAGGAUGCAAUGAGAGAUUUACAUGCGCCAGACGUACACAACCUCAUGACAAUGGUGUUGCUAUGUGACUACAGCCUCCGUGAGGACAAAAACGCCAUGGUUUUCGUCCUCAUCUCUGUCCUAUACCGCAUGGUUCGACUGUUGAGCUUAGACUCGUAUCGACCUCUAGACGCCAAUGCUACCCCAACAGAUAUCAUGGAAAGAGAGAGCGAGAUUCGGCUUGUUUGGGCAUGCUAUUAUCUUGACGUUCUUGUUGGGAACGGCGUAGAAAAGAAUCUCUGCUGGAGAGACGACGUACCCUCAAUUCCCCUACCCUGCCCUGAGCAAAACUUUACAUCACAGACGGCGUCGCAUCCAUACUUCCUCGAAGAAAUUGAGCAGAAUGAUGUGACAGAGGUGAUACCCCACCUGGAUUUCCAAGCACUCUCCAUAUUGAUACUACGGCUUCGAUCCAAAGUCAUGCACCUCAUUCGCACACCCGAGAAAGACGAAAAGUCCUGGGACAAUGAUUCAAAGUUCCUACAAAUUAUCCGCCGACUCGAGACUAUUCUUGCCAAACUCCCGGAAAAAUAUCAAAUGACGGACAUGAACAUGUAUAUUCUCAGGGAGGAUAACAUCCUCGGAGCUGUAUUUGUGCUACAUCUGCUUAUGCACGCAGUCAUUUUUGACCUGACCCGGACAUCCCUGGCCGGCUUCAACUUUCCACUAUCAAAUGAUUUCAAGGUUGCACCAGAAGCAUUCAAGACCAAGUGUCAGGAUCUCUGCCGGCAACACGCCAUUGAAGUUUCGCAGCUCUUUCGAAGGGCCCUCUACAUGGGACGAAGCGCUUUCGAUGACUUGUUCUGCGUCGAUGCCGCUUUUGAGUCCUCCAAAGUGCAGCUUGUCUAUGCCGCAACUGUUAACCAUAGCCCGUUCAUCGUCCAGCAGACAAAGUCCAACCUCGGCACUAAUAUCGAAUGCCUCCAGACGUUUAGUCGCGAUACUGCCACUAGGAACUCUGUCCUCCGCGCCUUACUUCCGAUCUGUACGCUCUUUGGAUUUCGAGAAAUUGCAGAAAAGUUUGCGCCAAGCGGAGAAACGACAGACGAGACAGAGGUUACCGGUUCUGCCGAUAUGCAUCAUUUGUCUCGUCUUGCCCCAUUCCGACGAGGACGGUCCGAAUUGCAACGAGCUUCGCAUGCGUCACAUAGCCCGAGAACCCCAUCGUCUUCGAAUGCAUACCCGUCGCCGAUGACACAGUCGAGUCGAAACGUACCACCGAGGAGUGCAAAUAGCCAAAAUGCUGCGCCGUUUGGUGGAAUGAUGCAGAUGACGAUGGAUGGAGGCAUGGGGCCUCUGACGCCAGGGACUUCGCAGCGGCCGCCCCUACAGAUUAUGCCAUCGGCCGGCGUAAUGGCGCAAAACGGGGCCAUGCUCCAGCCCUCGAUCGACGACUACAUCAAAACGGCCGACGAAAUGUCGAAUUUGCUUACUUGGAACAUGCCGGACCUGUCUCCAUGGUUCACGUUUGAUAAUAUGCUGCUCCCGAGUUAA